UAUCCCUCCUCUAGUCCUCUAUGAAUCCUCCACAAUUCCAUGGAAUCCCUCCAAUCAUCCUUUCUCUCUCCAACUCCACUCCUCAAAACCCACUACCACCACCGCAGAAACCACCCCACCGCAACCAAAUUCCGGUGCUCCGUAACCCCUGACCCAUGGACUCUCAGCGACGGCAACGCCUCCCCAAAACCCCGCUCAAAAAACCCCAAAAACCCUCUCUCCGACGACAACGCCCGCCGCAUAAUCAAAGCCAAAGCUCGCUACUUAAGCACGCUGCGCAGAAACCAAGGGCCCCAAGCUCAAACCCCGAAGUGGAUUCGCCGCUCGCCGGAGCAGAUGGUUCAGUACUUGGAAGAUGACCGAAAUGGCCAUUUGUAUGGGAAACAUGUGAUUGCUGCUAUUCAGGUUGUAAGAAGCUUGUCACAGAAGACUGAAGGUAGCUAUGAUAUGAGGAAAGUUAUGGGUUCUUUUGUUACUAAGCUUACUUUUAGAGAGAUGUGUACUGUGUUGAAGGAGCAAAAGGGUUGGCGCCAAGUUAGGGAUUUCUUUGCUUGGAUGAAAUUACAGCUGUGCUACCAUCCUAGUGUUAUUGCAUACACAAUUAUGUUGCGUGCAUAUGGUCAAGUUGGGAAGAUUAAACUGGCGGAGGAGACCUUUCUAGAGAUGCUUGAUGCAGGAUGUGAACCUGAUGAAAUUGCUUGCGGGACUAUGUUAUGUACCUAUGCUCGAUGGGGACGCCACAAAGCUAUGUUAGCUUUUUACAUGGCUGUGCGAGAAAGGGGCGUUGUGCUUUCUGUUGCAGUUUAUAAUUUCAUGCUGUCUUCCUUGCAAAAGAAGUCACUCCACCGAAAUGUGAUACAGAUAUACAGGGACAUGGUUGAUAAGCGGGUUGUACCUAACCACUUUACCUUCACAGUUGUCAUCUGCUCACUUGUUAAGGAAGGUCUUUUUGAAGAGGGCAUGACAACAUUCAAUAAGAUGAAGAGCCUUGGUUUUGUACCUGAAGAGGUCACUUACAGCCUCCUUAUUAUAUGCAAUGUCAAACAAGGAAAGCAGGACGACGUAUUGAGGCUUUAUGAUGAAAUGCGAUAUCAAGACAUAAUUCCAAGUAAUUUCACGUGUGCUUCUCUUUUAAAUCUCUAUUAUAAGAAUGGUGAUUACUCGAAGGCCCUGUCUCUAUUUUCAGAAAUGGAAAGGUACAAAAUCCGAGCUGAUGAAGUCAUAUAUGGUUUACUUGUCAGGAUAUAUGGAAAGCUCGGUCUUUGUGAAGAUGCAGAAAAGACGUUUGAAGAGGCUGAGAGAUUAGGUCUGCUCAGUGAUGAGAAAACAUUUAUAACAAUGGCACAAGUGUAUCUUAGUUCAGGGGAACAUGUAAAAGCUUUGCAUACUAUGGAGUUGAUGAAGUCUCGAAACAUAUCAUUUUCCAGAUUUGCCUAUACAGUCUUGUUGAAGUGUUACAAGAUGAAGGGAGAUUUGGGAUCUGCUGAAGCAACAUUUCAGUCUUUAUCUACUACUGGAGUCCCGGAUUCAGAAUCCUGUAAUGACAUGAUCAAUAUGUUCUUAAGAAAGGCAUUGCUUGAGAAGGCUAAGAAUUUCAUUCUUCAGAUAAGAAAAGCGAAUGUUGUAUUUGAUGAGGAGCUCUGCAGGACGGUGAUGAAGGUGUAUUCCAAGGAAGGAAUGCUUAGAGAAGCUGAGCAAUUUAUUGAAGACAUACGUGGAAAUGGUUAUUUAGAAAAUAACAGCUUUAUUCAAACUGUUUUCAUGAUUUUGCAUGCAGAAGUUGGGGAAUGUGAGAAAGAGAAAGGUCACUUGCUAGCCCCUGCGUUGUUUGAUACUUAUGCACUGGAGCUUAUGCUUUGUCUUUAUUUAGCAAAUGGUAAUGACAUCAAGAUAGAAUACACCCUCAAUUUUUUGCUUGAAGCUGGCGAUGGCUUUCGUGGUGCAAAUCAACUCAUCGGCAAGUUUAUACGUGAAGGUGAUGAUUCUAAAGCUGAAAUUCUCUGCGAUCUAUUAAUUAAGAGAGACUCAAGGGCACAUGGUGGGAUCUUGGCUUCUAUGAUUAGUUUGUAUGGGAAGCAACAAAAUCUGGAAAGAGUGAAAGUGCUAUUUGCAGCCGCGGCAAAUUCUGGCAUCUGUGGAGCUGAAAUAUACAAUUCAGUGAUUGAUGCCUGUGUUAAAUGUGGUGAACUUGGGCAAGGUUACCAGGUUUUCAAGGAAUGCACAAAAAAAGGAAUCAGUUUGAGUCCUGUUGUCAUCAGUGUCCUUGUGAACAAUCUUACAAAUCGCGGGAGGCAUCAAGAAGCAGAGGAUGUGAUAUGCAGAAGUUUGCAUGACACCUUGGUGCUAGACACUAUUGCGUAUAAUACAUUUAUUAAGGCAAUGUUAGAAGCAGGUAAAUUGCAUUUUGCAGUGAGCAUAUAUGACCACAUGCUAUCUACUGGAGUUACCCUGUCAAUACAGACAUGUAGCACUAUGAUCAGUGUCUAUGGAAGACAAAGGAAGCUAGAUAAGGCAGUAGAGAUGCUCAACACGGCGCAAAAUUUGGGCAUACCUUUGGAUGAGAAAGUUUACACUAAUCUUAUAAGCAUAUAUGGAAAGUCUGGAAAAGCUCAGGAAGCAUCUGCAUUGUUUGCUAAAAUGCGGGCGGAAGGCAUAAAGCCUGGAAAGAUAAGCUACAAUGUCAUGAUAAAUGUAUACGCCGUUAUGGGACUUUAUACCGAAGCAGAGGAACUUUUUAAGGUCAUGCAGCAAGAUGGGUGCUGUCCUGAUUCCUUAACUUAUCUCGCCCUUAUUAAAGCUUACACAGAGAGUAUGAAAUACCGAGAAGCAGAACAAACUCUGGUUUCUAUGGAGAAAGAAGGGUUACAACCUUCUUGUGCUCAUUACAACCUCUUAAUAUCAGUAUUUGCCAAAGCUGGUCUAAUGGAGGAAGCUGACCGGGUUUUCAACACAAUUAUCGGGUCUGGAUUAAAACCCGACAUUGUAUGUUGUAGGACCAUAUUAAGGAGUUACAUGGAAUAUGGAUUUGUGGAAAAAGGCAUCUCUCUCUUUGAAAGGAUUCAACAAUAUAUGGAGCCAGACAGGUUUACCAUGAGUGCUGCUGUUUACUUGUACAGAGUUGCAGAUGAGGGUGGUCGUGCUGAAGUCAUCUUAAAGUCAAUGAAUGAUUUGGGAAUUCCGUUUUUGAGAGGCCUUGAAAUUGGAUCCAAGGCGGAAACUUCAUAGAACUCGGUCACCAUAUGAUCGAGUUCAAAUGCAGUUCUUGUACAGAGCAGAACAGAACAGAACAGAAGUAUACCAGGUAUCCUGAUUUUUGUAUAGUUUCUUUAGGAGGAUUACUGUUUUGGUCGUAUUGGUUUGUUGUCAAGGCUUUACUCCCUCUGUUUCUUAAUAAAUUGCUUCUUAUUAAAGGUAAA